CAGAAGGGACGCAGCACACCAGCUCUCCGCCGACCCCCAGGCCCUGACCCCGCGCCCAUGGCCGCGCCGGGACCCCGCGCCCUCCGGGCUGCCCUCUGUGGCGGCUGCUGCUGCCUCCUCCUGUGUGCCCAGCUCGCUGUGGCUGGUAAAGGAGCUUUGGGCUUUGGGCGAGGAGCCCUGCUCCGCAUGAACAUCUGGCCAGCUGUCCAAGGGGCCUGCAAACAGCUGAAGCUCUGUGAGCAUUGUGUGGAGGGGGACAGAGCACACAACCUCUCUGGCUGUGUGUGGGAGCAAUGUCGGCCAGAGGAGCCAGGACACUGUGUGGCCCAAGCUGAGGUGGUCAAGGAGGGUUGCUCUGUCUACAACCACUCAGAGUCAUGUCCAGCUGCCCAUCACCACCCCACCUAUGAACCGAAGACAAUCACAACAGGGAGCCCCCCGGUCCCCGAAGCCCACAGCCCUGGCUUUGACGGGGCCAGCUUCACUGGGGGCGUUGUGCUGGUGCUGAGCCUGCAGGCGGUGGCCUUCUUUGUCCUGCGCUUCCUCAAGGCCAAGGGCAGCACCUACCAGACACUAAUCUGACCCCCUCGGGCCUGGAUUCCACACUGAGGGGAAGGAGGACGAAGAGGCUGCCCUCUUGGCCCCCUUGUGGGCAUUGGGGGUGGGAAAAUCUUGGGUUACCAAUUUCUGGCCCCUGCGGGCACUGAGCAGGCUCACUGCCCAAUAUCUGACAUCCUCUCCUGUCCUGGGCCUGGUACCUGCAGCUGAGAGCAUCCUUCAACCACCCGCUGUCUCCUCUGUCAACCCUGAAGGGCCCCUGCCUGGCACUGGGUCUGUGCCUGCUUCUUCCCACCGACCUGGCCUGGGCACUGUCCCCAAAUAAAGGAACUCUU